AUGUUGGAAGACGUGGCAAACAUAUAUGCAAGACAAGGUAGGUUUGCAGAAGUAAAAGAAGUUUUUCAGAGUGCACUUGAAAUCACGAAGGCACUUGGAAAUAGAAAAUGGGAAGCCAAGGCUUGCAAAAAACUGGGAUGUUUCCUACUUUCAAUUGGUGAAUUUAAGAAGGCUAAAGGAUAUUUAAGGGACGCACUCGCUAUAACGAUUGAAAUUAGUGACAGAGAAGAAGAAGCAAUAGCUUGCAGUAAUCUAGGAACUUUGUUUACGUCACUUGGUGAAUUUCAGAAGGCUAAAGAAUAUUAUGAGAAAUCACUCCCCAUCGUGAUCGAAAUUGGUCACAGACAAAGAGAGGCAGUAACUUACAACAACCUAGGAUUUAUUUCACAGAAAUUUGGUGAAUAUCAGAAGGUUAAAGAAUACUAUGAGAAAGCACUCCCUAUCGUGAUCGAAAUUGGUGACAAACGAGGAGAGGCAGCAAUUUACGACAACCUAGGAACUUUGUUCCAGUCACUUGGCGAAUUUCAGAAGGCUAAAGAAUGUCAUGAGAAAGCACUCCCUAUCAGGAUCAAAAUUGGUGACAGACAAGGAGAAGCACAAACUUACGGAAACUUUGGAACUUUGUUUAAGUCACUUGGUGAAUGUCAGAAGGCUAAAGAAUACUAUGAGAAAGCACUCCUUAUCGUGAUCGAAAUUGGUGACAAACGAGAAGAGGCAGUAAUUUACGCCAACCUAGGAACUUUGUUCAAGUCACUUGGCGAAUUUCAGAAGGCUAAAGAAUACUAUGAGAAAGCACUCCCUAUCAUGAUCGAAAUUGGUGACAAACGAGGAGAGGCAGUAACUUACUCCGACCUAGGAACUUUGUUCCAGUCACUUGGCGAAUUUCAGAAGGCUAAAGAAUGUCAUGAGAAAGCACUCCCUAUCAUGAUCGAAAUUGGUGACAAACGAGGAGAGGCAGUAACUUACUCCGACCUAGGAACUUUGUUCCAGUCACUUGGCGAAUUUCAGAAGGCUAAAGAAUGUCAUGAGAAAGCACUCCCUAUCAGGAUCGAAAUUGGUGACAAACGAGGAGAGGCAGUAAUUUACGACAACCUAGGAACUUUGUUCCAGUCACUUGGCGAAUUUCAGAAGGCUAAAGAAUAUCAUGAGAAAGCAUUCUCCAUCACGAUCGAAAUUGAUGACAGACAAGGAGAAGCAAUAGCUUGCAGCAACCUAGGAACUUUGUUACAUUCACUUGGUGAAUGUCAGAAGGCUAAAGAAUACUAUGAGAAAGCACUCCCCAUCGUGAUCGAAAUUGGUGACAAACGAGGAGAGGCAGUAAUUUACGACAACCUAGGAACUUUGUUCCAGUCACUUGGCGAAUUUCAGAAGGCUAAAGAAUGUCAUGAGAAAGCACUCCCUAUCAUGAUCGAAAUUGGUGACAGACAAGGAGAAGCAAUAGCUUACGGAAACCUAGGAGUUUUGUUAAAGUUACUUGGCGAAUUUCAGAAGGCUAAAGAAUGUCAUGAGAAAGCACUCCCUAUCAUGAUCGAAAUUGGUGACAGACAAAGGGAAGCAAAAACUUACGGAAACCUAGGAAUUUUGUUAAAUUCACUUGGUGAAUGUCAGAAGGCUAAAGAAUAUCAUGAGAAAGCAUUCUCCAUCAUGAUCGAAAUUGAUGACAGACAAGGAGAAGCAAUAGCUUGCGACAACCUAGGAACUUUGUUACUGUCACUUGGUGAAUAUCAGAAGGCUAAAGAAUAUCAUGAGAAAGCAUUCGACAUCAUGACUGAAAUUGGUGACCGGAAAGGAGAAGCAAAAGUUUAUGGAAACCUAGGAACUUUGUUCCAGUUACUUGGCGAAUUUCAGAAGUCUAAAGAAUAUCGUGAGAAAGCACUCUCCAUCAUGAUCGAAGUGGGUGACAGAAGAGGAGAAGCAGUAGUUUACGACGGCCUAGGAACUUUGUUACGGUCUCUUGGUGAAUAUCUUGGGGCUAAAGAAUAUCAUGAGAAAGCACUCCUCAUCAUGAAGGAAAUUGGUGUUAGGGAAGGAGAAGCAAAAGUCUAUGGAAACCUAGGAACACUGUUUUCUUCGUUUGGAAAAUACAAACAGGCUAAAGAAAAUAUAGAGAAAGCAAUGGCCAUCUCCAGAGAAAUUGGUUACAAACAAAUAGAGGGCCGUGCUUACGAGGCACUUGGACAAGUGUUUUGUGCAAUCACUGAUCGUCAGAGCGCCAAAGAAUAUUACGAGAAAGCGCUUGCUCUCAGUAUUAAGACGGGCGAUAAAGUAGGCGAAGCACAAGUUUAUGCAAACAUCGGAUCAAUAUUUCUAGAGCUUGGCGAAUACGGCAAGGCAGAAGAAUACUUCGAAAGAUCCCGCUCUAUUAGCUGUAAUGUUGGUGACAAUUUGCUGCAGCUUUCAACUCUGUUCUUGCUUUCAAACUUGAAGUCACAGCAAUCCAAGUUUCAAGAAGCGCAUUCGCAUCUCCAGGAAGCUAUUCAGAAAUAUGAGAAAUUGCGAAAUUCUCUACACGGAAAAGAGCAGUUGCAAGUAUCUUUUUUAGAAAAAACGGGUACGUAUCUCUACAAAACACUCAGUGCACUAGUUUGUUUUAGGACAGGAAAUCCUCGAGAUGCACUAUAUAUUGAAGAGCUGGGACGCGCUCGAUGCCUGGGGGAGCAGAUGGCAGCCAAAUUUUCCGUUGAAUAUCACAUCUCAGCGGUACCAAGAUCAUGGUCCAAGGUUGAUAAGAUUUCAAACAAAGAACGUCACUCUACUUUCCUGUACGUUUCGUAUUAUGCACGAACAGUUCAUAUUUGGGUUCUGAAGCCAAACGGAGACACUUUGUUUCGAUGUUCCCAAUGGAUCGAUGACAAAACCCUUAUUGCAGAGAAAGCCUUUGAUUUGAACAGUUUUUUCAACAAAGGUCUUCGUGGCUUUGGCAUUUUACCAAGACAGAAAUGCGAAGAUCGUUCUUUGAGUGAAACCAUGCUGAUAUCACCUGAUGAUGAAAGCGAAGCAAAUCUGCGAGGCGAAGAAACUCCAGAAACUGAAAGAAGACUUAAUCUUUAUUCCAAACUGAUCAUUGCUCCAGUAGCUGAUUUACUCAGCGACCCAGAAAUCAUCAGCGACCCAGAAAUCAUCAUUGUUCCGGAGCGUAGCUUGUACCGAGUUCCAUUUGCAGCCCUACGUCAACAGCCAGGCGGAAAGUAUUUAUCGGAGACUUUCAGAAUCCGCAUCGUCCCUUCUUUGACGACUCUGAAGCUCAUUCAGGACUGCCCAGCGGACUACCAUUGUCAGACUGGUGCUCUAGUUGUGGGUAAUCCUAAGGCAGGAAAGGUGCAUUACAAGGGAAAAACCCAGACCCUUGUUGAUUUACCUGGUGCAAGAAAGGAAGCAGAGAUGAUCGGACGACUACUGGGUGUCCAGCCUUUAUUAGGAGAGUGUGCGACCAGAGAGGCGGUACUUCAAGCGAUCAACUCAGUGAGUCUGAUUCAUAUUGCGGCACAUGGUAACGCUGAUACUGGAGAGAUCGCCCUUUCCCCUCGUCCUACUGCUAAAAGUAUUCCAGAAGAAGAAGACUACCUCUUGAGGAUCUCUGAUAUUUCACAAGUUCAACUGCGAGCUAAACUGGUAGUACUCAGCUGUUGCCACAGUGGGCGUGGAGAGAUCAAAGCCGAGGGAGUUCUUGGAAUCGCUCGAGCAUUCUUGGCAUCCGGUGCACGAUCAGUGCUGGUGACACUGUGGGCCAUAGAGGACGAAGCAACAUGGCAGUUCAUGAGCCGUUUCUACAGACACCUUGUUGACGGAUUUAGUGCCAGUGAAUGUCUCCACCAGGCCAUGAAAUGGCUGAGGAACACCGGCUUUACCAAAGUCUCCCAGUGGGCUCCAUUCAUGCUGAUUGGAGAUAAUGUCACAUUUGACUUUAAGAAAGAAAGGUUAGUUAUUUGCUUCAGUGACCAUGAUCAAAAUGUUUAG